CCGUGGCUAUAAAAGCUCUUGACCAAUUCCUCACUCGGUUUACUAGACCAGCAGUUGUCGCAUUUGAACACCACACCAUGCGCGCUCCAGAGUGGAUGAGCAAUGAAAUGGCGCGCCUCACAUCAAGGCUCGAGCGCUACAAGCCAACGGGCAGUGGAUACAACCGCAUCCAGUCGAUUCGACUGUCCAAAAGCGUUACCCAAAUGCUGAACAAUCCAAUGCCUCCGGCACCAGCCGCUGCCACCGCCAGAUCGCAGCCGGAGAGCUCCUUCACAACGCCGCGACGGCGCGGUGUCCUAAGUCGCAGUCAGUCGGAAUGGGAGGAGGUGUAUCCUGCCGUCAAGUUCAUUCGUCAGGGAAGCAGCGAGAGUGACAUGAGUGAGGAAAACGAACUGAGGUUCACCCACUAUAGAAACUGUGCCACGCGUAUUCCCUGAGUGGAUAUACCAUCAUUAAUCAUUUUUGAUAAUCUAUAAAUUUGUAUCAGAAUUAAGUAAGAACAAUAAAACAACAAAUAGCCUAAAAACAAUAUACGUA